GUGUGGGCGGGGCGGUACCGGCCCCGCCCCCCCGGGGGAGUCACGUAGCUCUGCAGCAUCCGCAGCCUCAUUAACGCGAGCCAGGGCUGAAGCCGCAGUUGUCGCUGACCAGGGCCCGAGCUGCUCUUGUACCCGCCACUGCUGACUCGCUGCGCACAGAGAGCUGUCACCAUGCCUCACUCGUACCCAGCCCUUUCUGCCGAGCAGAAGAAGGAGUUGUCUGACAUUGCCCUCCAGAUUGUGUCUCCAGGCAAAGGCAUUCUGGCUGCAGAUGAGUCUGUAGGUAGCAUGGCCAAACGACUGAGCCAAAUCGGGGUGGAAAAUACAGAGGAGAACCGCCGGCUGUACCGCCAGGUCCUGUUCAGUGCCGACAACCGUGUGAAGCAGUGCAUUGGAGGUGUCAUCUUCUUCCAUGAGACACUCUACCAGAAAGAUGAUAAUGGCGUCCCCUUCGUCCGUACCAUCCAGGAUAAGGGCAUUGUCGUGGGCAUCAAGGUUGACAAGGGUGUGGUACCUCUAGCCGGGACUGAUGGAGAAACCACCACCCAAGGGCUGGAUGGGCUCUCGGAACGCUGUGCCCAGUACAAGAAGGAUGGUGCCGACUUCGCCAAGUGGCGCUGUGUGCUGAAAAUCAGCGACCGCACGCCCUCAGCACUUGCCAUUCUGGAGAAUGCCAAUGUGUUGGCCCGCUAUGCCAGCAUCUGCCAGCAGAAUGGCAUUGUGCCUAUUGUGGAACCUGAAAUUCUGCCUGAUGGAGACCAUGACCUCAAACGCUGCCAGUAUGUUACAGAGAAGGUCCUGGCUGCUGUGUACAAGGCCCUGAGUGACCAUCACGUGUACCUGGAGGGGACCCUGCUCAAACCCAACAUGGUGACCCCUGGCCAUGCCUGUCCCAUCAAGUACAGCCCAGAGGAGAUUGCUAUGGCAACUGUCACUGCACUGCGUCGCACUGUGCCCCCAGCCGUCCCAGGAGUGACUUUCCUGUCUGGGGGUCAGAGUGAAGAGGAGGCAUCGCUCAACCUCAAUGCCAUCAACCGCUGCCCCCUUCCCCGGCCCUGGGCUCUCACCUUCUCCUAUGGGCGGGCCCUGCAGGCCUCAGCACUCAACACCUGGCGAGGGCAGCGGGACAAUGCCGGGGCUGCCACUGAGGAGUUCAUCAAGAGGGCUGAGGUAAAUGGGCUUGCAGCCCAGGGCAAGUAUGAAGGCAGCGGAGAAGAUGGUGGAGCAGCAGCACAGUCCCUCUACAUUGCCAACCACGCCUACUGAGCACCCACUCCUCACCACAGCCCUUGGCCUGGCCACCUGCACCCAGUUUUACCUGUAGUUAUGGCCAGGACCAAACACCCAUGCAGAACAGAGUGCCUCCGUCCAGUACUGAGUCCUUUUCCUUUCUUUUCCUCCCCUCCCCUCUCUAAUUGCUGCACCUGGGACCAUAGGAUAUGGGGAUAGGGAGCCCUUGGUGACUGAGAGCAGGAGAACUUGCUAGAAGUCAGAGCAGGAUACGUGGGUCUGCCCCCUCCCCCUGCCAGCCUCUACAGUUUCCCCAUGAUGGAGUAACUUCUUGGGCCCUCCUUGCCUUCCCUCUCUCCUGGGAUCAAAGAGCAGGACACCAACCCUGACUGAUUCAUUCCCCUAAUAUAUACAACAUAGCAAAUAAAUAGUAGCAAAACAUG